AGUCGGGACACCCUCCUGCCACCUGUAGAGAGGCGGGAGUGGAUUUGAAUUCAAGUCUAGGUAUCUGGGGUCAGGCUUUGGUCCCUGUGUCCUGCUACUCCGGCUGAGGCUCCUCCAGAUGUCAUGGAGCUGGAUCUGUCUCUGCCUCAUCUUAGCAGCUCCCCAGAGGACCUGUGCCCAGCUCCUGGGACUCCUCCUGGGACUCCCCCACCUCCCGAUGCCCCCCUUCCCCUGGAAGUGAAAAGAUCCCAGCCUCUGCCCAUCCCAGCCAGCAGGAGACUUCGAGAAGAGGAGCUUCAGGCAACCUCCCUGCCUUCCAUCCCCAACCCCUUCCCUGAGCUCUGCAGUCCUCCUUCUCAGACUCCCAUUCUUGGGGGAUCCUCCAGUGCAAGGGGGCUACUCCCUCGAGACUCUGACCGCCUCCAUGUUGUAAAGGUGUACAGCGAGGACGGGGCCUGCCGGUCUGUGGAAGUGGCAGCAGGCACCACAGCUCACCAUGUGUGUGAAAUGCUGGUGCAGCGGGCUCAUGCCCUGAGUGACGAGAGCUGGGGACUGGUGGAGUGCCACCCCCAUCUAGCACUGGAGCGGGGUUUGGAGGACCAUGAGUUUGUGGUGGAAGUACAGGCAGCCUGGCCUGUUGGUGGAGACAGCCGCUUUGUCUUCCGGAAAAACUUUGCCAAGUAUGAACUCUUCAAGAGCUCCCCACACUCCCUGUUCCCAGAAAAGAUGGUUUCUAGCUGUCUUGAUGCACACACAGGCGUAUCCCAUGAAGACCUCAUCCAGAACUUCCUGAAUGCUGGCAGCUUCCCAGAGAUCCAGGGCUUCCUGCAGCUGCGGGGCUCAGGCCGCAAGCUUUGGAAACGCUUCUUCUGCUUCCUGCGCCGCUCCGGCCUCUAUUACUCUACCAAGGGCACCUCCAAGGAUCCAAGACAUUUACAGUACGUGGCAGACGUGAAUGAAUCCAAUGUGUACGUGGUGACCCAGGGCCGCAAGCUGUAUGGGAUGCCCACAGAUUUCGGUUUCUGUGUCAAGCCUAACAAGCUGCGAAAUGGCCACAAGGGCCUUCAUAUCUUCUGCAGUGAGGAUGAACAGAGUCGCACCUGCUGGUUGGCUGCCUUCCGCCUCUUUAAGUAUGGGGUGCAGCUGUAUAAGAAUUAUCAGCAGGCUCAAUCUCGACACCUGCGCCCGUCCUAUUUGGGCUCCCCGCCCUUGAGGAGUGUCUCAGAUAAUACAUUGGUGGCCAUGGACUUUUCCGGCCACGCUGGGCGUGUCAUUGAGAACCCACGAGAAGCUCUGAGUGCAGCACUGGAGGAGGCUCAGGCCUGGAGGAAGAAGACAAACCACCGCCUCAGCCUGCCUACCCCGUGCUCGGGCACGAGCCUCAGUGCAGCCAUCCAUCGCACACAACCCUGGUUCCAUGGACGAAUCUCCCGGGAGGAGAGCCAGCGGCUCAUCGGACAGCAGGGCCUGGUGGAUGGCCUGUUCCUGGUCCGGGAGAGCCAGCGGAACCCCCAGGGUUUUGUCCUGUCCUUGUGCCACCUGCAGAAAGUCAAGCACUAUCUCAUCCUACCGAGCGAGGAUGAGGGCUGCCUUUACUUCAGCAUGGACGACGGCCAGACCCGCUUCACAGACCUGCUCCAGCUCGUGGAGUUCCAUCAGCUGAACCGUGGCAUCCUACCCUGCCUGCUGCGCCACUGCUGCACCCGUGUGGCCCUCUGAGGCCACCUGAACCGUCUCAGCUGGUGGCAGGCUGCCCAGCACUCCUCUGUUCAGUGGACUGGGAGGGUGCAGUGGGGACGGUAUGAUGUACGAUCCAGGGGCUUUCCCACUCCAGUUUUAUCCUUUGCCCCUCUGCCUCCCUCAGCAGAGACACCCCCCACCCUGACCAUCUUCAUCCCUAUCCCCAGGGGAAGGACUUGGGGGCCCUCUUGCCUUGUGGCGCUCCUGGGCAGGGCAUUAUGAGAGAGAUGGGGCAGCCCAGGUGGUCUCCUGCCCCACACUUUGUACAGACUGAGAGGCCAGUUGAUCUGCUCUGUUUUAUACUAGUGACA